AUGAAGAUCCGUCAUCCGUUGAAGACACUGCGCUGGUUCUCCUUGGUCUCUGUGGCAGCCACGGUUCAAUUAAUUAACCAUGUCCAGGCACAAGAAAACCAAUUUAAAUGUAAAAUCCCAGCCAUUGCAGACAUCGUGAUCCUAGUCGAUGGUUCCUGGAGUAUCGGCAGAUUCAACUUCAGGCUCGUGCGUCUUUUCCUGGAGAAUCUGGUUUCUGCCUUCAAUGUGGGCUCUGAAAAGACAAGAAUAGGUCUUGCCCAAUACAGCGGUGAUCCUCGGAUAGAAUGGCAUUUGAAUGCCUACAGUACAAAGGAUGCUGUCUUAGAUGCAGUGCGAAACCUACCCUAUAAGGGCGGGAACACUCUAACAGGCCUUGCUUUAACUUUCAUUUUGGAGAAUAACUUUAAACCUGAGGCCGGCGCAAGACCCGGGGUUCCGAAAAUUGGUAUAUUGAUCACAGAUGGGAAAUCCCAAGAUGAUGUCAUUCCGCCUGCAAAAAACCUGCGAGAUGCCGGCAUCGAAUUAUUUGCCAUUGGCGUAAAGAAUGCUGAUGAAAACGAGCUGAAGGAGAUCGCCUCUGAACCAGACAGUACUCACGUCUAUAACGUUGCCGACUUCAGUUUUAUGAAUUCCAUUGUGGAAGGCCUUACGAAAACUGUGUGCUCCAGAGUGGAAGAGCAGGAAAAGGAAAUCAAAGGGACAUUGGUAGCUACGCUUGGGGCACCUUCAGAUUUAGUCACGUCUGAGGUGACGGCCAGAGGAUUCCGUGUGAGCUGGACCCACGCACCAGGGAAAGUGGAAAAAUACAGAGUUGUCUACUAUCCCACAAGAGGAGGGCAGCCGGAGGAGGUCGUGGUGGAUGGCACUGUUUCAACAGCAGUUCUGAAAAACCUGAUGUCUUUAACUGAAUAUCAGAUAGCCGUAUUUGCCAUAUAUAUUAGCUCUGCAAGUGAAGGCCUUCGGGGCACUGAAACAACAUUGGCUUUACCAAUGGCCUCCGAUCUGGAGUUGUACGAUGUGUCGCACAGCAGCAUGAAAGUGAAGUGGAAUGGCGUAGCAGGUGCAACUGGGUAUAUGGUUCUGUAUGCUCCUCUUACUGACGGGCUAACUGCAGAGGAAAAGGAGAUGAAACUUGGAGAAAGCUCAAGAGAUAUCGAGCUGGAGGGAUUGCUGCCCAAUACGGAAUAUACAGUCACAGUUUAUGCAAUGUUUGGAGAAGAAGCCAGUGAUCCCCUUACUGGACAAGAAACAACAUUGCCUUUAAACCCACCGCGAAACUUGAGGUUUUCAAACAUUGAACAUAGUUCAGCUAAGGUAUCCUGGGAUCCUGCUUCUAAAAAAGUGAACGGUUAUCGCAUUAUGUAUGUUAAGACAGAUGGAACAGAAACCAAUGAGGAGGAGGUUGGUCACGUUUCAACCCACACGCUGAAGAGUUUGACAUCUCUCACGGAAUAUACCGUUGCUAUUUUCUCCCUCUAUGACGAGGGGCAAUCUGAGCCACUGACUGGCAGCUUCACCACAAAAAAGGUUCCAGCCCCUCAAUAUUUGGAAAUAGAUGAAGUAUCUACAGAGAGUUUUAGAGCAAGCUGGAAGCCACCAUCCUCUGAUGUAGCUCUUUAUCGGCUAGCAUGGAUUCCAUUGGGCGGGGAAGAUGCUGAGGAGAUCAUCUUAAGUGGCGAGAUGGACACGUAUGAGAUUGAAGGUUUGGUACCUGGCACAGAGUAUGAGGUGUCUUUGGUGGCGCUCUUCGAUGAUGAAAGUGAAAGUGAUGUUAUUGCUGUUCUUGGGACCACACUUGACAUGAUCACUACUGAAACGACCACUAUAACCACCACCAGUACCACGACAUCCAGACCUACGACUGCAGGUACAACAAUGUAUGAAAAAUGCAGCAGAAAUCCAGCAAAAUAUAUCUUGGCUUAA